ACAUAUUCACAAUGUGAGAGCUAUGAGCUUUAUUUUUUCAGUUCCCCUUUUCGCAUAAGAAUAGAAUCGCGGUGAAAAAAACCACUAGAUGCAGAAGUUGUUUGAAUUUGAGUCUACUGGAUGUAGAGGUUACUUGUUACUUAUACAUAUUGUGUAUUCAGAGGAUGUCUGUCUCAGCCUACUGUAUGAUUUGUUCUCGGAAAAUGAGCACUUCUACACCCAGAGUGAAGAGACUUUGGCUGUGGAAGGAUAUCUGGAAAAUGAUGAAGUUGUCCGGGGCUGUUAUUUUAGGUGGCUGUGUUUUUAUCACAUAUGAGGUUGUAGCUUUGAACAAAGCAGUGACUGUCGAUACUCAAGCUGUCCUUCAAGAGAAGCUUAAGUCAUAUAUCUAUCUGAACGCCGCCCCCUUCAAGGAGCAGGAGACCUUUGGCAUCACGUACAAGGUGAGGAAGGAGCUGCACAGAGCAGCAAGAAGAUUGCUAGAAACAUCUACAAAGAUCCUUCAGAGGCCUUUGGAUGAACAACUGAGCAAGCUGGAUGUGGACCCCCAUGAGUGCUCCCUCUGGCUGCUGCUGAAGAGAACCCGCUCAGCUGAUCGAGACGAGCGCCUGCAGGCUGUCCAGCAGCUGGCGGAGAACUCGCACUGGCAUGAUUACCAGUACAGAACCGUCGCCCAGGCCAGUGAUCACCGAACAGCAAUCGGUUUAGCUCGCACAAAAGAUGUUGACCUGCGCUUCUUUCUCCCCCCACCUCUCCUUCCUGCUGUUGAUGAUAGUUACUCCAUAGAAGACAAGCUAAGACAGCUCCUGGCAUCUCUGCCUCAGUCUGAGGUGGAUCAGUGCGUGCAGUACCUCACUUCUCUGGCACUGAGGGAAAGCAGUCAGUCACUGGCAGCCCAGAGAGGGGGGCUUUGGUGCUUCGGAGGCAACGGGCUACCUUACGCUCAGAGCUUAACGUCGGUGCCUUCAGAGAAAGUGGAAUCUUGCUGCGUGGAAGCUUUGGUGCAGCACUCUAAGGUUCCUAGUCAUUGUGAAAAAAUUGUCGCAAAUGGAGGUCUCCAGCUCUUACAGAGGGUGUACCAGUUCCGCAGAAAUUCGCAGAAAAUCCAGAGGAACAUCGUCCGCAUCAUAGGCAACUUAGCUCUAUGUACAAAUGUGCACUCAGAUAUAGUUCAGUCAGGUUGGAUUUCUGUCCUGGCAGAAUUAAUGAAGUCUUCACAUAUCAUGCAGUCCUCUCAUGCAGCCAGAGCCUUAGCUAACCUGGACAGGGACGUGGUACAGGAGAAGUAUAAGGAUGGUGUGUAUAUUUUACACCCACAGUGUCGCACAGGCCAGGCAAUGAAAGCAGAUGUCCUCUUCAUUCAUGGUCUGUUGGGGGCAGCUUUUAAGACGUGGCGGCAGCAGGACUACGUCCCUGUACGAGAUGUGGCAGCAGAGAGCUUGAAAGAUGAUUACACGGAAUGCUGGCCAAAGACGUGGCUGGCUGCUGACUGUCCAAACCUCAGGGUCCUGUCAGUGGAAUACGACUCUCAUCUAAGUGACUGGAGAGCAACAUGUCCUGCUGAAAAAGAAAGAAAGUCUCUGGCUUACAGAAGUCUUGAGCUUCUCAGAAAGUUAAAGGCUGCUGGUGUUGGGGAUAGACCUAUUGUCUGGGUGGCACAUAGUAUGGGAGGUUUGCUGGUCAAACAGAUGCUCCUUGAUGCCUUAAAGGACCCUGACAUGCAGUCCUUAAUUAAAAAUACACAAGGAAUCAUGUUCUAUAGUGUUCCUCAUCAUGGAACCUCUAUUGCUGAGUAUUCAGUCACUGUCAAAUAUUUGCUGUUUCCUUCGGUAGAAGUCAAGGAGCUCUCCAAAGAUUCCCCUGCACUUAAUGAACUAAAUGAACGCUUUCUGUGCAUGGCCAAGGAAAGGAAGUUCAAGAUACUAAGCUUUGCAGAAACACUACCCACCAGCAUCGGUCCUAUGGUGAAGAUGCAUGUCGUGCCAGUGCAGUCUGCAGAUCUGGGGAUUGGCGACCUCAUUCAAGUGGAUGUCGAUCAUCUAAAUAUCUGCAAACCCCAGAAAAAGGAUUCUUUCCUUUACAAGCGCAGUUUACAGUUCAUCAGAGAUGCACUGGAAAGCCACAUUAACAAUUAAUAAAAACGUAUUACUGUCAAUACGGACAAUAUAUUGAAAGCACCUUCCCCAAGUGUUCAUAUCCUAAAAUUAAAACUCAAAUCCAGCUUUUAAAAACCUGACAUUAUUUUGCCAUAUUGCAUAUGUAUAAAUAAAGAUUUCGUAAUAUUUUGUUACUGAAAGCAGAUCUAUAACAUUAGUAUUCAACAGAACAUACUGCAUGUUAUGAAAGUUUGAUAACAAAGGAAAAGAAACUAAGAGUUUUGUAGUGUUUGCAUUUUUAAUAGCAUACUGUAUAUGUCAGUGUUAAUUAAGCCUCAGACAUGGAUACAUAAAUUACCAAGAGUUUACUGUUUCAUUGAGCAGGAAAAAUAGAGCAGUGGUCUGUGUACAAGAACAUAAAAGUUAUAAUCUUCAGGUGAUAUAUACUGUAUAUUUUUUAUUAUAGAAGGUCUUUACUUUUACAUGAACUAAAUAUUUGUAAAAGAUACUAAGUUUACUGUUUCUGUUGUAAAAUAGAUUAUUCAUGAAUAAUCUUAAAAUGUCAUUGCACAGAAAUGCAAAUUAAUUUGCAUUGCGGAAAAACUAAAUAAAUUAUUAUUAUAAAUGAUAAGAAAUAUAUUUAACCCAUGUUUACAAACCCUGGUACCAGAUCUCAAAUAAAUAUUCAGAAGUAUAAUUCCAUUGCACUUUAUAUUCAAAGAAUAUCACAUGAUAUUUGAAUGCCAUAUUAUAAAAACAUUUUUUGCAUUUGUAUUUACAUUUUUGGAGUUGUGUGGUUAUUAACUUUUAACAUUAACUGUGUGGUUAUUAAUACUUUGUCUCUUAAUGUUGCUUUCUCCUUUAGAAUAUUCUUAUUCUUUAAAUGUCGGCCUUGUACCUACUUACAUGGAAUCCUGUGAAAGCCGUUCCAAUUACAGUAUAUACUAUGUGAACAUCAUCCGUAAACAUUUCCUGUCUGUAUUUGCAGAUAAGAUUAAUUUUGAAUGAUC